GUGAUGCUCCACGUUGGUUUUGUUUCUCAGUACAAGAAGAAGCAGGAGAAUCUGGAAGUUGAAAUUAAAAACCUUGAAGAGCUGAUAGAACAUAUGAAAGAAAAAGUUGAUGAAGCCAUUACUCGUGGUGAAGAAGUUGAUGGACCUGUUUCAAACUGGCUAGCGGAGGUGGAAGAAAGAGUUCCGGAAUUUAAGGAUGAAAAUACUGUUAACGAAAACAUGUAGUGCUCUGUAUUCUUAUGUCCGGACUACAUCUCGCGUUACAGAAUGAGCAAGGAAGCCGAAAACAAGAUCGCAGAAGUAAAAAAGUUCACUCAGAGUGGCAAUUUUAGCACAGUUGCACUUCCUAAGCCAUUUGCUCAAGAACUUCAAUUCACAUCGUCAAGUACAAACUAUGAGAAUUUUGAGUCACGAGAAUUGGUUUUCAAUAACAUCAUGGCAGCAUUACAAGAUUCCAAUGUUAAAAUGAUUAGAGUAUAUGGAACAGGAGGAGUUGGAAAGACGACAAUGGUCAAAGAGAUUGGCAAACUAGUGAAAAAUGGACUUUUUGAUGAAGUCGUUGUGGCAGUUGUCUCUCAGAAUGCAAAUGUGAGCAACAUUCAAGGGCAACUCGCUGAUUGCUUGAAUCUGGAACUAAAAGUGGAAACUGAAGUGGAAAAAGCGAGCAAAUUGUGGAAUAGAUUGAACAAUGGGAAGAAAAAUCUCAUUAUAUUGGAUGAUAUGUGGCAAGAAUUGAACUUGAAGACAAUAGGGAUUCCUAUCACUGAUGGAAACAAUUGUUGCAAAGUUGUCAUAACGUCUCGAAUCCGAGGUGUGUUGGAAAAGAUGCAAGUUGAUAGAUAUGUCCCAAUGCAAGUAUUAUUAGAGAAAGAAGCAUGGGCCUUGUUCAAGAAGAAGGUGGGAAAUUCUGUUGACUCUCCUGAACUCCAUGAUAUAGCUGAUGCAGUCUGUAAAGAGUGUGGAGGCUUGCCGGUCGCUAUACUUGCAGUUGGAGCCGCAUUGAAAGAUAAGAAAAAAUAUGUCUGGGAAGAUGUACUUGAUCAAUUCAAAGAUUCCAUGCUAAAGAAUAUUGCGGGAAUUGACCCAAAGGUGUAUGCUUCCUUAAAGUUAAGCUAUGAUUGGUUAGAAUCUAGUGAUGCAAAAGCAUGCUUCUUGCUAUGUUGUUUCUUUCCUGAAGAUGCUAAUAUUUCAAUUGAAGUGUUGGCGAGACAUUGCAUAGCGAGAAGUUUGCUUGGACAAAACAUAAAUACACUAAGAAGAGCAUGCCGUCGAGUACUUAUAGUGGUCGAUGUCCUCAAAGAUGCUUGUUUGUUAUUAGAAGGUGAAGAUGAAAACUUUGUCAAAAUGCAUGAUGUCAUUCGAGAUGUUGCUGUUUCAAUUGCGACAGAUGAUGGCAAGGAAAUUCUAGUAAAACAUGGUGUCAAAAUCUGGCCCGAAAAAGAUACAUGCGAAUCUUCCUCAGCAAUCUCAUUAAGGUUCGACAACACUCUUGAGCUUCCAGAUGAUUUGAUAUGUCCACAACUCCACACCUUGACCAUACUAUUGAAAUGGAAUAUCAAUCAUUUGCUUAAUGUUCCAGAUAGGUUUUUCAGUGGAAUGGAGAAACUUAAAAUUUUAGAAUUGAAUAGAAUCUGUAUGUUGCCUCCAUUAUCUCUUGCAAAUUUGGUUAACCUUCGGAUGUUAUGGUUAGAUGAUUGUGAGUUGGGAGACAUAGCUGUACUCAAGGAUCUAAAUAAUAACCUUGAAAUACUUAGCCUUCGAGGUUCUAAUAUCAAUGUUUUGCCAUCAGAGAUAGGAGAAUUGACCCAUCUUCGGUUGUUAGAUCUGGGAAAUUGUUACAAUCUCACACAGAUUCCACAAGGUGUCAUAUCCAAUUUGUCUUGCCUGGAAGAAUUGUACAUUUUAGAUGAUUUUAAGCAAUGGGAGGCCACAAGAGACAACAAGGAAAGAAGCAAAGUGAAUCUUGAUGAGUUGGGGAAAUUGACGCAAUUAACCACUUUAGAGAUUCACAUACCAAAUGUCAUGCUAUUGCCCAAGGACUUCUACUUUGAAAACUUGAUCAGAUUUAAAAUCUCAAUGGGUAAGGACUAUGUUUUUCAUGGAAAGCCGUGUAGAUUUGGGGGUGUUUCCUUAAAAAUAGAAGGUUUACAAGUGGGGUCUUUGGUGGAACGCUUUGGACUAAAUCCAUUAGGAUUCUUCAAUAAUUUAAUUGUAUUAACAAUUCAAGAUUGUAAGGUGAAAUAUCUCUUCUCCCUAUCUUGUGCAAGAGGAAUUCCACAACUCCAAAAACUACAAAUAAUAGAUUGCAAGAUGAUGGAAGCAAUAGUUGGAAUUGAAAAAGAAAAAGAUGAAGAUGAACUCUCAAGUCAGGCAAUUAAUUUCAGUCAGUUGAAAUAUUUGCGUCUAGAGAAUCUACCCAAGCUCAUAAGCUUCUACCCCAAAGUGGAGAAGAUGUCAACAUCUGAAGGAAAUUCUUCUACCCAGGCACAAUCUUUGUUUAAUGAAAAGGUUGUUUUCCCAGUCUUGGAGAAUUUGAAAAUUACUAAAGUGCCUAACAUAACAGAGAUAUGGGACAAGCAAUUACUUAGAGUCCCAGAAAAUGAAUCAAAAUCCUUCUGCCAACUGAAAGAGAUGGAGGUUAAUAAUUGUGAGAAAAUGGUGAAUGUUGCUUGGUCCAAUAUGCUCCCACAACUGCAGAAUCUGGAAAAACUCAAGUUAUAUGGUUGUCCAAAUAUGGAAGUGAUAGUCUGGGAACAAGAAAAUGAGGAAGGACCCACCAAUGAUGAUAUUAUUGUGUUCACUCAACUAACAACUCUCUAUCUUCAAAAUUUGACGAAACUUAAAAGUUUUCACAGUUGGUCUACAAGGUCUCAAACACAACCUUUGUUCAACCACCAGGUUGCUUUCCUAGUCUUGGAGAAUUUGAAAAUUACUAAAGUGCCCAACAUAACAGAGAUAUGGGACAAGCAAUUACUCACAGUCCUAGAAAAUGAAUCAAAAUCCUUUUGCCAACUGAAAGAGAUGGAGGUUAACAAUUGUGAGAAAAUGGUGAAUGUUGUUUGGUCGAAUAUGCUCCCACAAGUGCAGAAUUUGGAAAAACUCAAUGUAUAUGGUUGUCCAAAUAUGGAAGUGAUAGUCUGGGAACAAGAAAAUGAAAAAGGACACACCAAUGAUGAUAUCAUUGUGUUCACUCGACUAACAACUCUCUGUCUUCAAAAUUUAACGAAACUUAAAAGUUUUUACAGUUGGCCUACAAAAUCUGAAGCACAACCUUUGUUCAACCACCAGGUACGGUUUUCUAAUUGA